GUGAAAAGAUUGGAUUUUUCCUCUGGAUAAAGAUGAUCGGUUUCACCAUGAAGAUGAAAACUUUGCACAGGCUUCAAGGUUCAAACCGACUGGUCCACUCUUUAAAAAACAAAGUUGGGAAACAGAGAGCACGUUGCUGGUUGUUGGAAUCGUUUGUCACUUUCUUUGGUGAGUCUGUGGGUUAGAUUUCUUCCACUUGGGUCUGUUCAAGAAGAAGGUAUAGUUGCAUCUGUCAGAGCUCACACUAGAACUAACAAAGCCAGACCCAGUUCUUCUCCACUUCCUCCUGCAAUGUUUGCACCUAUAGCAGUGGCUUUGGUAGUAGGUCUUCUAGGAUGGGCUUAUCGGUCAUUAAAGCCUCCCCCUCCAAAUAUAUGUGGGUCGCCAGGUGGUCCUCCUGUCACGUCACCUAGAAUUAAGCUCAGUGAUGGCAGACAUUUGGCUUAUAAGGAGACUGGAGUUCCCAAGGAAGAGGCUAAGUACAAAAUCAUUGUCAUUCAUGGCUUUGACAGCUCCAAGGAUCUGAGUUUAACUGCUCCUCAAGAACUUAUAGAGGAGCUCAAGAUAUAUUUCCUGACCUUUGACCGAGCGGGCUAUGGAGAUAGUGAUCCAAAUCCAUUACGCUCGGUGAAGAGUGAAGCCUAUGAUGUGCAAGAACUAGCAGACAAAUUGCAGAUUGGUUCUAAGUUUUAUGUAAUUGGAAUCUCGAUGGGAGCCUACCCUGUUUACAGUUGUUUAAAAUACAUUCCAGACAGGUUAUUAGGAGCUUCCCUGGUAGUUCCAUUUGUCCACUACUGGUGGCCGUGUCUUCCUGCUAAUUUAUCCAGAGUGGCCAUUCGGAAGCUGCUUGUGCAGGACCAAUGGGCAUUCCGUGUUGCUCAUUACACACCUUGGUUAUUCUACUGGUGGUUGACUCAAAAGGUGUUCCCAUCAUUAAGCAUCAUGACUGGAAACAUGGCAAUUUUCUGCAAUCCUGAUAUGGAAAUUAUAAAGAAGUGGUUGGAAGCCCCACCUGAUGGCCAGGAUAAGAUUAGACAGCAAGGUAUUUUUGAAUCCCUGUGUCGAGACAUAAUGGUCAGUUAUGGAAAAUGGGAGUUUGAUCCCAUGGAUCUAAAAAAUCCUUUCCCUGACAAUGAGGGCUCAGUGCAUAUUUGGCAAGGGUAUGAGGACAGAAUCAUUCCUUUAGAAAUAAACCGUUACUUAUCAGACAAGCUUCCAUGGAUACAAUAUCACGAAGUUCCUAAUGCUGGGCAUCUUUUGUUUUUUGACGGCAAAAACUGUGAAGCUAUUUUGCGGGCACUUUUGCUGAGUUAAGCCCCUCUCAAAUUAGACGUAUUAUGAGAUGUCUAGUUGUUUGCUAUGAGAACUAUUCAACUUUUUCUUUCCAUGGAUUGUUUGGUCAUCGUCUAGUAAUGUAAACGACAUACAAAAUAGAGGUUUCUUUGAAGAUAUCAUAUAUUAUAUUAUUCUAUCUUUUGUGUCCAAAUUGAUAUGCCUCAGGCUGCCAAUUAACGGUGCCAUCUCAAGGAUUGUAGGAAAAGGUCAAACCCAAACAAUAUCCUUAGGAUCAUAUGGAAGGCUCUUGAAUUUGUCACCACCAGGUAGAUUGAUUCCAGUACCGUGAGUUGAAAAGAAAAAUAUUAUUGCUUUGACUGUUUAGAGCAUGGAUUUAACGUUGAUCAACCUACAUAGAUCCGAGGAUUUGAAAAUAGGACAAUGCGACCACAUACAACUUAUUCAGAGAAAUUCCAUUUGAUUGUUUGUUGCAGCUAACUAUCUAACAAUCAAUCCUGCUUCAUCAU